CACCUCUUCGAAGAAUGGACGAAACACGGGAACAGCGCAAGGCCCGCUUGGCCGCUAUCCGUGCUGCUGCCCGCGCCAAGGAGGAGGACGAGACCGGAGGAGGCGAGGAGCAGCCGUCGACCAAGCGGGUGCGAGUGAACGAUGUGACGGUGGCGGAUGGUGGCACGGGCUCGUCGUCGGUAGCGGCGGGUGCUGGGGGUGCUGAGGGUGCAGAGGGCGCGACAAGCACAGCGGUGGCUGCAUCAGCUGGGUCGGGCGAGGACGUGGUCGAUCUGGCGCUGGCGCCGAUGGCCGCAGUCACAGAGACGGCGGCCACAGUGCUCCCGGACUUUACUAAGCAGGAUCUUCUGGCGUUGGCACCCAAGUCGCACGUGGCACAGCUGGAGGCGCCCAUCAAGGACAAGCUCGAACUGCUCGAGCGGCGGACAACCCGCGCCAUCAUGGACAUUCUCAAGGACAAGCUUGCUGCCCAGAAUGGGAGCACAAAUGCGUCGAUUGUUGUUCCCACCGCCAAGCCGCAGUGAAGAGGAUGAAGGCGGCUUUAUGUGUUUGCCGUUUUCACGGCUGCGACGGCGGCGCGUGCGACGACGGCGGCGCCGCCUGCCGCAUCUGCUGCAGCUGCAUGAA